AUGGUCAAGUUUCUCGCCCUUGCUGUUGUUGCCGCCUUCGCGGCCGCCGAUAUUGAAAUCGUCAACGGUACCGUGGUGCCCAUUGGCAAGUACACGUACGUGACUGGUCUUCGCCGCACUGAAAACGGCACCGCGAUUUGCGGUGCAUCGUUGGUGGCCCCCAAGAUCCUAGUCACGGCGGCCCACUGCUCGCUGACUGCCUGGGCUACGUUCGCCUCUGUCGGUUCGCACUACGCCAAUGGCACCACGGACGGCGAACGCAUCAAGAUCGUCAAGCGCACUCAGCACCCCAAGUACAACAAGGCGACCAGCCACGACUAUGACGUUGCCGUGUUCGAAUUGGAAACUGCGUCGACGUUCCCCCCCGUCAAGCUCAACUGGGACGAAGACCAGUUUUCAGCCCCGGGCGCUGUGUCGUGGGUGCGCGGGUUCGGCCAUACACAGGCUUACGGGGUAGGUUCCCCUGUGCUCUUGGAAACCGAUGUGAUCAUCUGGGAAAACUCCAAGUGUCACGACGCGCUGAAGAAGUACAAAUACAACAUCACGUCCUCGAUGCUUUGUGCCGGCGGGGGGUCUAAGGAUGCAUGCCAAGGCGACUCUGGGGGACCGUUGACCAUCACGCGCAACGGGGUCGAGCAUUUGGCCGGUGUGGCCAGCUGGGGUAUUGGCUGCGCUCGCCCAGACCACCCCGGAGUAUACGCCCGUAUCUCGGAAGUCCGCGACUUUAUCGAACCGUUCUUGCCCAAGCCUGCUUGCUAA